AUGGAGAGGCUGAGAGGAUGUUUUGGGAUCAGGACUAGACGAAGACGUCACAGGAACGGUGGCAGAGAGACGGGGUCUGAGACUCUUGCCACCUCUGCCGCCGUCGUGACUUCCUUGUUGAAGAAGCUGCAAGACAGAGAGGGUGAGCGAGCGGAGACUUACCGCCGCCUCGAGCACGUCUUGCAAGGAGAUGACACCCGUCUGCGGAGCGGCGUUGUCAACCGAGUGCUCGCAGAGGUGUCUGGAGACAUGAAGGCAGCCCAGGGCGCGAUGACCGAAGUGACAGCAGCUGCUGGUGACGUCCUGGUGGCUCUGGCUCGUUCCCACUUCGAGUUUGUGAUGUCCGAGCUCCAGGGCCACCUGAAGAGCAUGAGGGGAGGAGCAUGCCAGGAGUUUGUGCUCAGCACCUUGAGCAAACUGGCCAGCAGCUAUGCCCUGCGGUGCAUCCCCUUCGCCCAAAUGACGCUCGCUGCUCUGCACGCCGUGCUGAGCCACGUGGAGAGCAGCCGGAUCCUGCGCGCCAUCUGCAGUGUGCUGGAGCAGUGGUCGAGGGCGAUCAACGCUUACUUCAAUGCCUGGGAGCAGUGCCCCUUCCCUCGCAUCGGGGAGGCGCAGCUCUGCGAGCAGGUGUACGACCUGUUCUGCCACGCGGUGGGAAACUGGCUGGGCCGUGACGAGGAGGAGGAGGACAAGCAGGCCGUCUUGGGAGCAGUGGCUGCUAUGAUGGCCGUCGUCCUCCGUGAUGCACAGCACCAGGACAACGUGUGGAAGCAGGUCUUCCGGCACCUGCAGCGGUACCAGGAGCUCCAGGAGACUUGCCGGGUGAUAGAGAGCCUCUGUUAUUUCCUGACGACCUUGGAGGAACUUCACGCUGUCAUCCCCCAGGACAAGCUCCGUGCCAUCGCCAUCGCUGCUGCUGUGCACCACCAGAUUGUGGAGGAGGCCAGGCAGCACAGCGCAGGCCACAAAGAAGAACUGAGGCAGUGCAUUGUGCUUCAAGCUCGAAUCUGCCCGGAGGAGACAAUCAUGUUCCUGCUGUCCCACCUGAGCAGCGAGGACGAGGGCACCCGCAGGACAGCGCUGACUCUGCUGGGAGCUGUGGCACGCACUGACGAGCCUGCAGUGAGAGAGAAGCUGCCCCUAAUGGUAGAGGCCGUGCAGCCCUUGUUCAUUGAGGCCAGCACCCAGGCAGUAGAAGACCUCCAAGAAGAAAGAGACCUUCGGGCCCAGUGCAUAGAUGUCCUGGAGUCUCUGGAUGUCUCCGUUGGAGGCAUGACCCAACUCUUGUGGCCACGGCUCCUGCAGUACAUGGUGCCGGCCCAGUACUGCGGCCUGCUGCUCCCGCUGUCCCGCUGUCUCCAAGCCGUGAUCGAGAGACAGAAGCAAACAGAAGGGCAAGAGGACAGCGAGAAGCCUGAUGCUGCCCAGGGGCAAGACAAGACGCCCACGCCACAGGCGCUCCUGGUUCAGCUGCUGGUGGUGGCGGCUUCUGCUGGGUGCGGAGAAUGCGGGGCCGCUGCCCUACAGCUGCUGCAGGCCCUGCAGAGCAGGAUCCACAGAUCCCUGAGGGACCUGUGGCCCAUGCGCAUCCCCCGCAUGCUGCAGUACCUGGAAGAGCAUCCAGAGGGCUCCCUGGACUCCGAAGAGUGGCAGUGCUAUCUGCUUAAGUUCCUGACGGAGUCAGCGGAGGAGAUGCAGGAGGACCAGCCAUGGAUCGUGUGCCUGAGCCGGGAGCUGAGCCAGCAGCUGAGCAGCUCCUCCAGCAGCGAGGAGGACAAGGAGUUCCUGUACCGGGCUCUCGGCACGGUGCUGGCCUCUUGUCGGCGGCUCACCCACGUCCAAGGGCAGCUGCUGAAAUACUUGAAAGAAACGGAUGCCACCAGGCCGUGUGACAAACAGGGAAUAGCUUCCGUGGUCUCCUACGCUGCUGAGCGCCACUUCUACGUGGCCCUGGAUGCAAUGAGCAUGGUCCGCAAGGCGCUCAUCAAAUUCGGCAGACGGCAAAGGCUGCCGGACAGGGAGCGGAGACUUCAGGCCACACGGGCUGCAGUCAUGCUUACCUAUGGCAAGAUUGCACUGCGUGCGCCCAAGGCAGAACUGCUGGACUGCGUGGAGAAAUGCAUCCUGGCCAACAUCCUGGAGCUCUUCCAUGCCUGCAGAACAAAGGAGCUGCAGCACAAGCUCGCCCUGGUGAACAGUAUCCAGGAGGUCACCCGUGCCAUCCAGGUUGUGGACACCAAGCAGAGAUUCAGGCUCUGCAGGAAGCCGGAGGUGCUGAACGUCCUGCUGGACCUGAUGAGGGAGGAUGGCUGCGACAGCCCUGUGUCCCGAGUGCAUCUCAAGGUGCUUCGGCUGCUGGAGCAGUUGAGCAAGCUGGAGCCUCGCGUGGACUGGGAGAAGAGGUGCUCCCAGGUGGCCGUGUGCUGCUGGAGAGUCCUGUCGUGCCCUCCUGCGGACACAGAGCUGCAGCCUCUGCAAGCGUCGUGUGAGGAAGCUCUGGGCCAGCUGAUGUCAGCCUUCCUCCAAGCGGAAGGCACCUCCCGCGCCUUCGCGGACAUGGUCUCGGUCUUGCUGCACCAACUCACCUCAAGGAACGCGUGGCAGCAAGGGAGGGCCCUGCAGCUCUGCGCCCAGCUGCUGGGCACUUACGAAGAGGUCUUCAAGUGCUCGAGGGAACUCGCCUGCUCGGGCUUCGGCUCCUUGCUCGGUGUGCUGGGGCCUCUGCUGAGCGACUCCCAGGCCGCGUCCCGGCGGAGGGCAGGGGCCUGCCUCAGCUGCCUUCUCCGGAUCCAAGCUUGUGGCCUGGCGAGGGCUCGGAGAGUGGUGCUCCAAGUGCCCCACUUGCAUCAGGGCAUCAGGGAUCUGUGUGAGAGGCUGGACACCGUGGAGGACGGGCCUCUGCGUGAGGACCGUGCCGAAAUAGCGAAGGAUGUUUGCCAGUACCUCCCCCAGGGACAGGCCAGGAGCUUCAUGGACUCCAUCACGAAGACCUUCUCGUGCACUAACCAGGAGCGUGCACGAGCAGCUGGCGACUGGCUGAUCGCAUUCCUGGAGACACGCGGAAACGAAAUAUACCCAGAGGUGCCUGAAUUCAUGAAGAUCCUGUGGGAGGCCAGGCGCACCGUGCAGCAGAGCCCCCUCAAGGACCUCUUCUUCAAGGCACUCUGUCUCCUGGCCGGCUUCCGCAGCCAGGCUGUGGUGGACACCCUCCUCCAGACAGAAUCGCCCUCAGAGAGAGACGUGGUGCAGCUCUGGAGGAGCCUGGGCAGCAGCGACCUCGGGCCUAAGGUGCUGUAUCACUUAAUUUGGAGACUGAACGAGGCAUCUGAAGCCAGGUGUCGGCUCACGGUUGCUGCUCAACCGCUGGAUCCUUUCAAGGUAUGCUCGUCGGCAGGAGCAUCUCUACAGCUUCCCACCUGCUUUCUCACUUAG